GCUUCCUUACAGCACGAUCUCCAAUAACUUUAAAUUUUUAAUAAAUAAUACUUAUUUUUUUUUUUUAUACUUUGAUUUUCGUUAUUUAAAGGAUUUAAAUCAUUACGAAGGAUUUAAUUGUUUUUUGAAAUGAAGAUUCAAUGUACGUAGUAUUCCAGGGAGUUAAAUUACUGACACUCAAUUGGUUGCCGUGGCUACUGGCAAUAUGUAUUUGCGUAAGUGAAGCUAGAUACAAAGUUCGCAGACCUCUGCCACCUUCACCAACGCCCCCUCAAAUGUACAAAAAAUCAUGGCCAAUAGGUCACCGGGUUUCCAUGGGAAAUACUAUUCAGAUAAAUAAAAAUAACAAUAUUUAUCCUGGGCCACUAAAGAGGCCUUUCUAUAAACCCAAUAACUACAGAUUAAGGAGACCAAUAGUCUUGGCACCAUCAACAGCAUGGAAAAAUCCAAUGCCAGUAAUGAAUGCAGUCCCAAAUGUCGUAGUACCUCAGCGGGUACCAAUUAAAGAAUUUCCGGUUGUAAACAAACCAGAGUAUAGUCCAGAAUAUCGUCCAGAAGCCGUCGUCUUGCCACCAACUCACCGCGGUGGGUUUGACGAUGACCGCGGACCGAUUCACACGAUUCCCGCGCCGAAUUUGAGCAUCGCCGACAAACCGAUAAAUCCUGAUGAAAAUAACAGACCAGAAAGUCAUCAGGAUGAUUACCAACGAUUUCAGUCAGAAUCUGAUUAUAACUCUCAUUCCCAAGGUUCCCAGGAAUCUUACGAGAUCCAUAACUCGCAGACUGUAAAACAACGUCCAGUAACCAGCGCAACUGUGUCGCAAAAUACUUACGAAGUAACAGAAGCCAAUGAACGGAUGCUAAAUCAUCCUCAAGAAUAUCCUACACCUGCAACGCAAUAUUACUCUGCGGAAUUUGAAUCUUCGCGCUUACCGACUGGUCCCAAUGUGGACCAAGCAGCCAACGACAUCUACCUGAACCAUCCUCCGAUUUCUCGCGCUGGACACCCAAACGGCCCUCUGCAGCCCUACAGCCAAUCUAACAUUCCCGUUCAACCGAACCAUCCUCUCCAAACAAACAUUCCCAUUGUUCAAACAAACCUCCCAAUGCAAACAAACUUACACAGUUCUCUACACGUGGGCUUUCCUGCAACAGCUCAAGCCACGUUGAACCCACAAUUGCCUGCUGAAUAUCAUCUAAACAACCCUGAUAUUGUUUCACAAGAUAUUCAACUACAGCUGCUUCAACAGCAACAACAACAACAACAACAACAAUCAGAUUUACACAUUGGACAUCCGGGUGUUGCUGGACCACCAAUAUCAGCUGAUAAACUUUAUGAAUUGUUUAAUAGCUUUCCUCAACAACAAGACCAACAAUAUUCAUCUUUACAACAACAAAUUUCUCAACAACAACAGCAGCUACAACAACAACAACAACAACAAAAUUCUCAAAGAAAUAUUUAUUCAGAAAUAAAUCAAUCAACAUUUUCUCCACCUAAAAUGCAAUCGUUUAAUUAUAAUGAACAGGAUAAUCAACAACAACAACAACAGCAACAACAACAGCAACAACAACAGCAACAACAACAGCAACAACAACAACAACAACAGCAGCAGCAACAUGAACAACAACAACAUCAGCAACAAUAUGAGCAACAACAAUAUCAGCAGCAAUAUGAACAACAACAACAAUUGAUACAAGAUUAUGAAUCAAGUAAUGUUGAUUAUAAUUUACAACAACAGCAACAACAAUUCCAACAACAACAAGAACAACAACAACAUAAAUUCCAAAAACAACAACAAGAACAACAACAACAAUUUCAAAAGCAACAAGAUCAUACGAACAAUGUACGUUUCCACGAACCAAUUGAACCAGAAAACAACAUUGAUUUCGAAGAAGCGGCGAGCGCUAAUGUCAACCAGAUGAACCCGCACUAUUUUAAUAAUGACGAAAUCGCAAAUUACUACACGACGUUACCGAACAGAGAGACUGCGGAAAAAUUGGCAGCACUAGCGGCUGCUGGUAGUGUCAAUAGUCAUCUGAUUUCGCGGUUACAGCAACAACAACAACAACAACAACAACAACAACAACAACAACAACAACAACAACAACAACAACAACAACAACAACAACAGCAACAACAACAACAACAACAACAACAACAACAACAACAACAACAACAACAACAACAACAUAAACGUUUAGGACAAUUUAGUGAAGAACAAAAUGAUCAACCGAUGCCAAACAAUCAUCGAGGAAAUUAUCAAGUCAGUGAAGAAAUUGAUGAUGUUCCUUUUGAUUCUGAUGAACUGCAAAAACAAAGACUGUUGAUAAGGCAGAGAGCCAGUGCACAGAAACGCUACAGACAACAUUACCGACAACAACAAAUUCAACGUGAACAGGAGGAAGCUGACAAACAUUUCGAAAGAGAAGGAUUGUUGGAACAAAGACAACAGGAACGAAAGAAAGAAGAAGAAACUCAAGAAAAUAAGUCAAGACCUUUGAGAAUUAUGAUUCCCGAUACUCAAGAUAACUCUAAUAACUCUCAUAAGAAUAAUGAUAAAAAAAAUAAUAAUAAUGAUGAUGAAGAAUCUGAUGAGUAUGAAUAUGAAAUAAGUGAACCAAUAAACGGGAAAACGACUGCGGCGCCAGAAGAUGAGGCAAGUUUGGAAAAUUCGGAAUUUGGUUCGCGCAUUAGAAAUAAAUAAAAAAAAAUGGAGACUUGAUAUUUUAUAAUUAUAAAUUAAUAUAUUUAUUAUAAUUAUUUAUUUGUUGAAGGGAUGCUUUGUAAAUACGUUA